GGAAGAGUUGAACAGGCUCGUGAGCUCUGAAUAACAGGUCCACUUAGAACCAUGAAUGAUCGCGAGCUUGACCUCACAGAAGCUCAAAAAGCAACUAAAUCCAAAUAUCCGGCCAUCACCAAGAAAUAUGAGUAUCUGGACCACACAGCAGAUGUCCAGCUGCACAGUUGGGGAGACUCUCUGGAAGAGGCCUUUGAACAGUGCGCUAUGGCCAUGUUUGGCUAUAUGACAGACACAGAGACUGUAGAACCCAUCGAUACCAUAGAAGUAGAAUCUGAAGGGGACGAUCUGGAAUCACUGCUAUUUCAUUUUCUGGAUGACUGGCUCUUUAAGUUCAGUGCCGACGUGUUCUUCAUUCCCAGGGAGGUGAAGGUUUUGCACUUGGAUCGGACACACUUCAGGAUUCGCUCGGUGGGCUGGGGAGAAGAGUUCAGUCUGUCCAAGCAUCCACAGGGCACUGAAGUGAAGGCCAUCACGUAUUCAGCCAUGCAGAUCCACGCCGGUGAAAAGGCAGAGGUCUUUGUCAUCAUCGACAUCUGACCCAGAGGAGCGGCCUGGUCAAGGAGGCGCCCGGCCCUCCUCCGGCGGGACAACGGGAAUCUGGCGGUUUUGCGUUUAUGAAACUCCCAAAUAGACACAAGACAGUUUUGAAUUGCGUAUAUGGCACAAAAUAAUAAGACAUGUUCUUUUGGCUGGAAUAAGAAAGGUGCCUUGUUCAGGGCCUGCAGAGCAGAAAUGAUCAUUCCCAUGGGUUUGAAUUUUGCUGAACUGAAAGUUUACAUUUAUACAGUUGCAGGUACCUAAACUUAAUACCACAUUAUCAUCAUGGCUUUGAGUGCAUUUAUUUUUCUUCAUAUUUUGCGAAAUUCACAAAGGACCCGGUGCUUUAACGCGCACCUUCAGCGCUUGUGCACCACCUCACACACGGUCAGAUGUUUGACAUUAUCUAUGCUGUCCCUCUCUUAAGGCUUGAUGGUUUGCUGAUGUGUCGUCAUGCCAUUGGCUCAGUUAAAAACGAACAGGCUGGAUUGGUUGUAUUUGUUCAAAGCAGUGCCCUUUUCAUGGGUCACAAAUUGCACUAAAUAUCCUGAGCACCCUAA